GGCGAGUUAGUUGUUGCCUAGAGCCAAAGCCGAGAACAUCGUUAUCGUACCUGCUUAUCUAAACUAGUGUUUUGCGCAAUUGAUGGUUUCUAAUUGCCCGGGUCCCUUAAGAGUUCGGUACCAAACGUCUGAAUCCGCCGGAGACUGUGGGGCCCUACCUAUUCGAAGAAAGAAGAGGACGACUGGGGCCGAGCUGCUUGAACUCGUUGGGCUGUUUGUGAAUCAAUUCCCAACAAAAAGUGGGGGAGUGUAAUGGACGAGUAUGACGUAAUACAAGAGUACGUACUGCGAUGAGUCAACAUGUAAAACAAGGAGGUUUCACUUUCCACUAUCAACAACAAAAGCAAGCAAGCUGUCAGUUUUUAACUUUUAAGGUAUUAGAGGAACAAUAAAUCACGGAGGAAGGAAAAUGACAGCGGGAGAAUACGAACACCUAAUUUAUGGACUGGAAUUUCAAGCGAGGAGUCUAGCGACGCAGACUGCCCCGCACAAUGUCGACUGUGAUGUCACAAGGUUUAUGAUCGGCACGCAGACGCUCAAGCUGGCAAACAACCAGAUACACAUAAUAGAAAUAGGCGAUGAAGCCAGCAUCACUUCACAACAGGUCUACCCGCAUCCAGUCGGUGAAUUGUGGCAUUUACACUGGUCCGCACAUAAUCCACAGCUGAUUUCAAGUUGCUACAACAUGAUAGAUGAGAAAGAGUCUGCAGUUCAAAAAUGUAGUCUUUGGACGCUGCCAGAAAAGGAGAAUACGCUCGAACUUGUCUCAAACAUAGAUUGCGACGACGAGAUCAGAGUCGCAUUUUUCCACCCUUCGGACAAUGCCAAAUUUCUGACGGUAGCCGAUUCUAAGUUUUUUAUCUGGGAUAUAAGCAAGGACUCGCCACGUGAAGUUUUUUCAAAACCAAUCCAAGGAAAAGGCAGUCAGAAAUUUGCAAAUGGUAAAUGGAACCCGCAGGAAAGUGGUGCCUCUUUGGCUACAUUGCAAGAGACCAUGGUGAAAGGGUGGGAUCUGAGAUCUGCUCGUGAGGCGUGGACAAUUGACCAAGCUCAUUUACAAGCUGUCAGAGAUAUCGACUAUAAUAAGAACAGGCAACAUGUACUCUGUUCAUGCGGGGAUGACGGAUUGGUGAAAAUCUGGGAUUUGAGGGCUUUGACUAACCCACUUUUGACUCUGUCAGGACAUUCACACUGGGCUUGGUGUGUCAGGUAUAACCCGCUGCAUGACGGUCUAAUCCUCAGCUCCGGCUCUGAUGCGUCCGGACGGCUUUGGUGGGCUGCUUCGGUCGCGUCGGACCCUUUGCCGAUUACGGCGAAAAACACAGAUGGGCCUCUGCAGCAAUACACGGCUAUGGAGGAUUCCGUAUAUGCUGCCGAAUGGUCUGGCGCAGACCCUUGGACUUUUGCCCUUCUCUCUUACGACGGGAGGCUACUCAUCCAUAGAGUACCAAAGCAAAUCAAGUUGGAUAUUUUGGUGCAAUCAAAUUAAUCAAAUAUAUUUUUAUUUAUGCAAACAGAAAACCCAAAACACAUUUGUAUAUUCAUGUGUGUAUAAAUAUAUAAUAUCUGACAGACUUAAAAGAAGGAAAAUGUUUCGAGACAAUUUAUUUGAUAAUAAUAUUAAAUGUUUAAAAAAUGUAAAUAAUAUUAUCUAUACUAGUUAAACUUCAAUCCAAACAGAAAGUUUUUAAUUUGUUCCAAGCCCAGUUUGUAACAGCAAAAAAUGAAGGUUAGCCAAUGACAUCACCAAGGCAGAGGGCAAGUUUAAAAAAAAAAACUUCAGUAACCUAACAUUCCUGGUAAAAUAUUAAGCAUCUAAAAAAAUCUAAAUUAUAUUAUCUAUACUAGUUAAACAUCAAUCCAAACAGAAAGUUUUUUAUUUUUUUUGGUCCAAGUUCAGUUUGUGUUAGUAAAAAAUUAAGAUUAGCCAACGGGCGAUGACUUCACCAAUGCAGAGGCAAGUAAUAAAGCAACCUAACAUUCCUGGUAAAAUAUUAAACAUUUAAAGCAAUCUAAAUUAUAUUAUCUAGUUAGACAUUUUGCUGCAAUCAAAUUCAUAAAAUCUAUUUUUAUUUAUGCAAACAGAAAUCCG